UAUAUUGGAUAUUUUCACAUCCUUUCUAGUUCUAGAUUUUGUGUGCUGUUAUGAUUUUUAUUCAUAUUUCACACAUCAUAUGGUGACUAGAUCACCACAUUUAUUAUGAUUGUUCAAUAAAAAAGAGAGGAAGUUUUAUUAUUUUGGUUAUAAAUUAUUACAGCGGAUGCAUUUUAUGACUAUCUGCAAUAAUGCCAUCUGUAAGUGGCUUGUCAUCGGUGUCGAGCAAAGGAUCGAGUAAAAAUGGGAGAUCAACAAAUAGUGCCAGGCAUAGGAAGACAAAUUCAAGCACUGCUUCAAGAGGUCGUCAUGGUGGAGGCGAUAACAGUGCAGGGAUGUGGAGAUUCUAUACCGACGACUCCCCAGGAAUCAAAGUCGGUCCUGUACCAGUAUUAGUAAUGUCGCUUCUUUUUAUAGCAUCCGUUUUUAUGCUCCAUAUCUGGGGGAAAUAUACUAGACCUUCGUAAUGUAGUUGGGUUUUAAACUUUUAUAAAUUUUUAUAUCAGAGUUAAUAAAAUUGAAUUUA